AUGGCCCAGAGCGGCACGACGCGAACAGGACACUCUCAUCCGGGCCCGAGCGUUGCUGAGCAGCUGCUCUAUGAGCACUGGAAGAAAAACAAUGCUGAGCUCCGGGAGGUAGAGUCGGAGCUGCACAGGAAGCACGUGGCGGAGGCUUGGGGUGACCAGCUAACGCAAAAAAACAAGCAAGAAGCAACUGAACUUGAAGAGAAAAAACGUUAUGAAAAUGAAUAUGAAAUUGCGCGAAGGGAAGCGCUGGAAAGACUGAGACAAGAGGAAGAGAAGCGUCGGCUGGAAGAGAAGAAGCAAGCAGAGGCGUUGCUUCAACAAAUAGAAGAACUGAAAUUACAGGAGACAAAGGCAACAAAGCUGAAAAAAGAACAAGAGAAUUUAUUAAAGCAGCAGUGGGAGCUGGAGAACUUGGAAGAAGAAAGGAAACAAAUGGAAGAGCACCGGAAGAAGAAAGAGCUUGGCCGCUUUUUGAGGCAUCAGUGUAAUGCCCAGCUAAAGAGACGAGCCCAGCAGAUACAAGAGGAGCUGGAGAUAGACAGGCAAAUCUUAGCAGCCCUCCUCGAGAAAGAAGAUGAGGAUCAGCGCCGCCAGUCUGCGCGACGAGAACGAGCAGUUGCAGAUGUUGCCUGGAUGAAACGUGUCAUUGAGGAACAGCUCCAGUUAGAAAGGGAGAGAGAGGCAGAGCUGCAGACUAUUUUUAGAGAAGAAGCUAAAAAAAUGUGGGAGAAGAGGGAAGAAGAAUGGGAAAGAGAGAAGGCGGCCAGAGAUCGCCUGAUGAACGAGGUCCUGGCAGGCAGGCAGCGCCAGAUCCAGGAGAAGAUGGAGUUAAACAGACGAGCCCAAGAAGAGUCUAUAAAGUAUCGAGAGCAGCUGAUUAAAGAACUUGAAGAGGCAAAAGAACUGAGUAGGCGAGAGAAGGAGCAGGAGGAGGAACUGAAGACAGCCCACAGGCAGGAGCUGGAGGCGCAGCUGACAGAGCGCCGCUUACAAGAACGGGAGGAGCAGCAGCGCCAGAGGGAGGAGGAAGAAGAGGAGAGAUCAGCCCGGCAGCGCUGCGAGGAGCUAGUGCGGCAGGAGGCCAAGCGCAUGGCUGAGCAGGGGUACCGCGGCAGGGUUUCUCGGUCGGCAGCAUCACGGCACGUGAGGCUCCAGGACGGGCAGAGCAGAGGCGAGAUUCUGCCCUCUGAUGAUACGCGCGGCUGA